UUGGCCGUUCAGUGAUGCGUUCAUGGGCGGCUGUCGGCUCAUUCACAACUGGUGACACACUCACGCGCACAUGAGCGUGCUGUCUUCAACCCACCGACACACUUCACUUGAGCACUGGUAUCCGAGGUUAGCUAGCAGAGCUAGCUCUACAACUCUGUGUUCUCCGAAGACGUUAUUGCAUAACACACCACGCCGCACAGAUACCUGAGAUCCUUUUUUUUAAACUCCAGACAGCUACACAUCUCGGUGACAGCCGAAAGGACUCCGGAGGAACUGAUUUUUUGCCAAAUGUUUUAAAGCAACAGUUUUUACGAGAGCUGACGUGACGCGGCGGUGGGGCUGGCUUUCCUCCACUCUGCCUGCAUUCAUAAACGGAUAUGAUGAUAAAACAGCGCUGAAUGCACCGGAGCAGCAACAACACUCAGCCCUGACCAUGGCGGAAGAGGACGACGCUAGGAUUCGGAUUUUACAGAGUCUGCGGGGUAAAAUAUGUGAAGCUAAGAACCUGGGCCCAGUCUCAGGUCCAAAUAGACAAAAAGAUCUCUGUACAUUUUGCACCAUAAGUCUGGAUCAGGAGGAAGUAUUUCGCACCAAGGUCUUUGACAAAAGCGUCAGCCCUUUCUAUGGAGAAGAUUUCUACUUUGAGAUCCCCCGCCCAUUUCAGUGUUUAUCCUUCUAUGUUUAUGCCAAGGCUGUUUUCCAAAGGGACCUACCUGUUGGCAAGGUGUCAAUCCGGAAGGAUGAUCUAUGUAAAUACAGCGGGAAGGAGAACUGGUUUAGCCUCCAGCCAAUUGAUCCUAACUCAGAAGUUCAGGGUAAAGUUCACCUGGAGAUGCGACUGAAUGAGGUGAUCACAGAGAACGGCUCAACAGGUCAACAGUUAUUAGUUCGAAUAAUCGAGUGUAAGGACUUGCCUUUGAUCAGUGGCCAGAACUGUGACCCCUAUGCCACAGUUUCUCUUGUUGGACCUGCCAGGUCAGACCAAAAGAAAACAAAAGUAAAGAAGAAAACCAGCAAUCCUCAAUUUGAAGAGACCUUCUUUUUUGAGUUAAAAUCUGCAGUAUCAGAGGUCACACGGUCAAGCAGCUACUCUAAAAAAUCUACCGGCAAUUUCCAUGUGGUGGAGGAGGAGGACAUUGAAAAGCUUGAGAUCAAAGUGGAUCUGUGGAACAAUGAAAAUCUGGCUCAGGACGUGUUUCUCGGAGAGAUGCGAGUUCCUGUCAAGAUCCUGAGAGAUGACCACAUUCACAAAGCCUGGUAUCUCCUCCAGCCCAAAGGGAACGGAAGCAAGUCCAAGUCUGAAGACUUGGGAUCCCUGCGUUUGAAGCUGACCUACAUUGAAGACACGGUGCUGCCAUCGGCCUGCUACACACCAAUCUGCAACCUGCUGCUCAAAUCCCCCGAUGUGAAGCCCAUUUCAGCAUCAGCAGCUCACAUCUUGGGGGACAUCUGCAGAGAGCGACACGAGGCCGUUCUGCCCACGGUUCGACUGCUGCUCUAUCACAAUCGAUUUGUGCCUUUUGUCUCCGCCGUGGCAGCCCUGGAGCUGGAGAACACUCAGGAGGCUAACACUAUAUUCCGUGGCAACUCUCUGGCAACUCGCUGCAUUGAUGACAUGAUGAAGAUUGUUGGAAAGAGUUACUUGGCUGUUACCCUGAAGCCUGUAAUUGAUGAGAUUUGUGAAUCCAACAAAACAUGUGAAAUAGACCGCGUUAAACUAAAAGAAGGCGACAAUGUGGAAGUCAACAAGGAAAACCUUCAGGUUUAUGUCCAGAAGGUCUUCUCCUCCAUCACCCAGUCCAGCUCCAACUGUCCCCCCCUCAUGUGUGAUGUCUUUAGAUCUUUAAGGCACCUGGCCUGUAAACGCUUCCCAGGUGACCCACAUGUUCAGUACUCAGCUGUGAGCAGUUUCGUGUUCCUGCGGUUUUUUGCAGUGGCUGUUCUUUCCCCGCAGUCCUUCCAGCUCCGCUCCCAUCACCCUGAUCCUGAGGUUUCCCGCACACUUACACUCAUCUCCAAAACCAUCCAGACUCUGGGCAGCUGGGGUAGUUUGUCCAAGAAACUGUCUAGUUUUAAAGAAAGCUUCAUGUAUGACUUCUUCAGAUCAUUCCAGGAGGAAAAGUACAUCGAGAAAGUUAAAAAGUUUCUUGAUGAAAUCUCAUCCAAUGUCAACAAGGAGUCCAGCAGACUGGAUGAUGCUGUGGUUCUCAAGGAAGGGGAAGUGCAGAAACGAACUGAAACGAAAAGGAAAAUUGUCAAGAAACACUUCAAGAAGCGAUGGCUCAGGCUGACCAACAGGGAGCUCUCCUACCACAAAUGUAAAGGGAAAGAGGCCCUCUGCACCAUCGACGUCAAAAAUAUCAGGGCGGUGGAGAAACUGGAUGAAAGUGCCUUUAACCGCAAAAAUAUGUUUCAGGUGGUCCACAAUGAGAAGCCUCUCUAUGUUCAGGCAGGAAACUGUGUGGAGGCCAGCGAGUGGUUGGAGAUCCUGGGCCAGGUCAGCCGUUGUAAUGAGGGACGCUUGGCCACUUUCCACACAUCAAAUUACACCAACGGGGCCUGGCAGUGCUGCAAGAGCCAAAGUACCAGCGCUCCGGGCUGCAAGCCCUGCACAACCACCAUGCUGGCCAACCUGCAGCUGGACAUUGACUGUGACCGAGAAGCAGAGAGGAUUUUCUCUCUCCUCUCCUCAAACGAAGCCAAGCUCCAGAACAUGGAGGAUGCAUGUGCCAGCAUGGCGGUGUACCAGGGCCCUCAGCGAGAGCAGGAGGAAUACUCCAAGUUUACCAUUCAGGAACCCAAAGAGACAUUUCAGACACUCAAACAGCUCCGCAAUGUCAUGGAGGAGCUGCAGAGGCAGCACAACAGCAGGAACAACAUCACAGCACAGUACGGAAGCCUUGACAACCCCAUAGUGGGAAAGACCUCCUAACCUGGGUGGGCCGGUGUGGCCUGAAACAGCCAGACCAGCAGGUGCCGGCGCACUGCAGAGAGCCUCGGCGUUCCUCAAAGAGCCCCUGAAUGUGUCUCUGCAAGACGGGGCCGCCGUGUGACCCACAGAAUGAUAAACACCGUGACCUCCACACAUUUACUCCACUAUGAAUUCACUCUGUCUGUCGUUGUUUUGGCUGUUUGCCUCCUCUCCUCCCACUUUUGAGUCUUUUUCUAUGUGUUGAUUUCUUUUUUUUUAUAUUUUGACUGUGUAACAGAUGCAUCAUUAGAUGGUGAGUGAACAGGCUGCUAUUAUUUUAUUUGAAAUCACUCAGUUUUAUAUUAACAGCUGUGAUGAACCCCUGCGACGUCUUUUCUCUCCUGUCCAGAGUUCAUUAAUAAUCAUCACCUCUGGAAGAUCACCCUCUAUCUGUGCCCCUCACAUUGUGUGGUGUCCUGAACAAAUGGGUGUGUGUGUAUGUGUGUGWGUGUGUGUGUGUGUGUGUGUGUGUGUUUGUAAAUACCACUCUGCCUUAUUGACGGAUGUUUCUUUCACAUUUAAUGCUGAGGAAAAAAAAUACGCAGACGCACUUUAAAUAUUUGGAACUGUCCGAAUGGAAAUGAUUAGAUACUUAGUAUCAGCUUUCCUCAUUUUGAUCAGUUACAUGAUCUUGUUUGUUUGUUUGUUUGUUUUAUCCCUGUACAAUAACAUUUAAUGCCUGUAAAUAGUAAGAUAUUUUUCUCGACCAAAGGCAAUCUCUUGGACUUAAAUGUGUUAAUGUAUUUUAUAUACAACUGUUGAAAAUUCAGACAUUAUUAUUAAGAAUAUAUAUGAAUAAUGUAUGUAUAUACAUUCAGUUUGUGAGGAUUUUGCUAACAUGUUCUUUUAUUGACAUAGAGCAGGCAGUUUGCAUGCGUUCAGUUUUGAAUCCUGACAGCAUGACUGUGGUAAAGAGUUGUUUCCUCGUGAUUGUGAACUGUAUCGGUACGGUGUGCGUCAGAUCUGUGCUGUCGACUCGAGAACAUAACGAGAACAGUUUCUGUGAGGCCGAGAAGAAUCGAUCUGAACACCAGAUGACCUCUGUCAUCUCUAAAUUUAGACAAUCACAGCAACCGAACCCAUCAAUGUGCACCUUUUGUUUGUUUCCUCUUUCACACCAGCAACACUCCGCAGCUCCAGCUCUUUUUAUUAUUAUUAUUUUUUUAAUAAAUUUAGUUUGUUUUAAGUGUGACACUCAAAGUUAGAAAAGGAAAUUUCUGACAGCUUGUUGGCGUGGUUGUCCAAUGCCAAAUGGAUUGUAAGAAAAUAAACAUUCUUUGAUCUCAUGGCUCUUAACUUAAAUCAUAAUUUAACAACAAAACUUGUUAAAUUUUACAUAAGAACUUCUACAUGAUGGCUAAUUCCUUUUUUAUUUUGGCCCGUUUGUUCAGCUCUCUGUGAUCAGGCCGUACCAUUUGCAAUAAAGAAACUUGAACGUCGGCCGUUUGACGCAGACAGGAUUAACUCGUCUUUCUGGAUUUACAAAUAAGUGGGUUUGAAUUUGAUCCGUCGCUUUUCUAAUGUGCAUGUCUUGUUUUAUUUAACUAUUUAAUUUUCAAAAGGGGUUGUUUUUUUUAAACACUGAUUUAGUGUGUCAUUCUGGUACAUAUUUGUUCAAGCUGCUUCGGUUCAGUAACCUGUUGCAAAAACUCCACUAACUGUGGCUCAGCUCGUUGUGAAGCGAGCCAACACGUGGCGUCUGGCUGAGCUGCAGCCGGCGCUUCCCUUUUAGAGCCAAAACACCACCUUUUUUUUCUGUUGGAUCGAAUUUCAUACAGAAAAUCUAAAUUGCAAUUGGCAAAAAAUGAUCAGUGCGGUUUAAUUCAAUAAAGCAAAUAGGCCUUCUUGUUAUUUCUAUUUAAGGGUGAAACUUUUAAGUUAAGUUCUGCUUAUGUGAUGUUUGAAAAGGGAAAGUAACACCAAUGUUUGUUCAAAUGUAUAAACACAUUAACGUGCAUUCAUGCAGCAAUGUUGAUUACAGCCAUUUCCUUUGUUUUUUUUUUUUUACUUGACUGAAAGGGAUUGUUUUACUUUUUUUUUUUUUUUUUGCAUCAAGCUAAAAUAAAUAACACCAAAGGGAGGAUUUGAAAGACAGUCUAAUAGUUAAGUCUGAUCAUGUUUCUUUAUGUUUGGGU